AUGAGAUUACGUUUACUAAGUGCGGUUUGUUUCUUAAUGGGGACUUUGACUCCACUGAUGGCAAAGCCUGUGAAACAGGGACCACCACAGCCACACACAGCCGAAGGGGGAUCAGACGAGAAGCCUGAGGAGACUGGAUUAGCAUACGAUCGGUAUCUGCGCCAGGUUGUGGAGGUACUAGAGAGUGAUCCAGGAUUUAGGGAAAAACUGGAGAAAGCCAAUGUUUCCGAUAUCAAGAGUGGUAACAUAGCUGUGCAUUUAGAGAUGGUGAACCACACAGUUCGUACAGCCUUAGAUGAACUCAAGCGACUAGAGAUUGCUCGACUGCAGGAACUUGUUCGAAUGGAAAUGCAAGGUUUCCUGAAGUACUUCCCGAUGCCAGGUCAUUUGGAUUUGAAAAAUCCUCAUAGUUUUGAGGUAGAGGAUUUGAAAACUCUUAUUCAGAAGACAACGUCAGAUCUUGAGGAGCUAGACAAGAAGAGGAGAGAGGAAUUCAAGACCUAUGAGAUGGAAAAGGAGUUUGAAAAACAAGAGCACCUCAAACAGCUGUCGGAGGAGGAAAGGAAAAGGGAGGAGGCUAGGCUAGAGGAGCUUAAGAAAAAACAUGCAGAUCAUCCCAAAUUGAAUCAUCCAGGCAGCAAGGACCAGUUUGAGGAAGUCUGGGAGAAGGUGGAUCAUCUGGAAGACCAAGAGUUCAACCCUAAAACAUUCUUCUUUAAACAUGAUAUAAAUGGGGAUAUGGAAUGGAGCAUUGAAGAAGUAGAUGCGGUGCUGCAGUUGGAGUUGGACAAAGUUUAUGAUAACAACAAAUCUCCAGAAGAAGAUGACCCCAUUGAGAGACAGGAGGAGAUGAAUCGAAUGAGGGAGCAUGUCUUCAAGGAGAUUGACAAAAAUAAGGACUACAGGAUUUCCUUUCAAGAGUUUAUUGAUUACACUGGGACUGCUGGCGAUAAGGCAGAGUUUAAGGAGGAUGAAGGUUGGAAUACUGUUGAUGAAACACCUGUGUACACAGAUGAAGACUAUCGAAGGUAUUUAGAGGCUUACCAUGCACAGCCAGGUGUUAUUCAG